AACCCUACCAAAACCCUCAAAGCUUCAAACCUUUGGUUCUCGCUUUCUGAAAGAUGCCGUUGGGUGAUAAUUUAGGAGACAAAAGCGACUCCAGAUAUUGUGGAGUAGAGACUGAGUUCAAUGAUGACAUGCCUCAUGUUCUUUCAUGUAACGUCAAUGGCGGUUUUGAUUUCGUCGUUGCUCCUUUGAUGGAACCUGGAUAUAGGCCUAGUUUAAUCGAUAAAGCUAGCAGAGAUUCCACUGUGCUUCCUUUUGCUGGAUCAGACUUGGUUUUAAGCCCAUCACAAUGGAGUAGUCAUGUUGUUGGCAAAAUUAGCUCGUGGAUUGACUUGGAUUCAGAAGAUGACAUUCUUCGGGUGGAUUCUGAAAUUACUUUGAAACAAGAAUUAGCGUGGGCAUCUCAUCUCUCUUUACAGGCAUGUCUUCUGCCUACGCCUAAGGGGACAUCCUGUGGUAAUUAUGCAAGAUGUGUGAAUCAGAUUCUACAGAACCUUAACAAUAUGCAGUUGUGGCUUAGGAUUCCUCUGGAGAGGUCUGAUGAUGAUGAUGCUGUGAAUGGAACUUCUGACGGCAUGGCAGUAGAGCUUACUGACUCUUGGGAACUGUGGAAUUCUUUCCGUGUUUUAUGUGAACAUCACAGCCAGCUAUCAAUUGCCCUUGAUGUUCUGUCUUCGCUACCUUCUGCAAAUUCAAUUGGGCGUUGGUUUGGAGAGCCUGUCAAAGCAGCCAUUGUUCAUACUGAUACUUUCAUUACGAAUGCACGGGGAUACCCGUGUCUAUCCAAGCGUCAUCAGAACCUGCUGAGCCGUUUCUUUUACUAUUCAAUCCAGAUAGUGCUUUCUGGGAAGCCAGUGCACAAACUUUCUGGUGGGAACUCAGCGGCUGGUGCUGACCACUCUGAUAACUAUGCCCAGCAAGCCCAAAGACAUCCCCUAAGGUCAUACUUGGACUAUGUUGGCUAUUUAUAUCAGAAGAUGGAGCCCCUUCCGGAACAAGAACGAUUUGAGCUUGGUUACAGGGAUUUUCUACAAUCUCCCUUGCAACCUCUCAUGGAUAAUCUAGAAGCACAAACUUAUGAAACAUUUGAAAAAGACAGUGUCAAAUACAUCCAGUACCAAAGGGCAGUCAGUAAGGCGUUGGUGGAUAGGAUCUCCGACGAGAAUGCAUCUACAACCACCGUUGUAUUGAUGGUUGUAGGUGCUGGACGAGGACCUCUUGUUAGAGCAUCAUUACAGGCUGCUGAAGAAACUGGGCGUAAGCUUAAAGUUUAUGCUGUAGAAAAGAAUCCAAAUGCAGUUGUUACACUUCAUAGCUUGGUUAAAUUAGAAGGUUGGGAAAAUGUUGUGACCAUAAUUUCCAGUGACAUGCGUUGCUGGGACGCUCCAGAGAAAGCUGACAUUUUGGUCAGUGAAUUACUUGGUUCUUUUGGUGACAAUGAGCUCUCACCUGAGUGUCUUGAUGGAGCUGAACGGUUUUUAAAGCCAGAUGGAAUCUCAAUUCCAUCAUCGUAUACAAGUUUUAUACAGCCUGUGACUACAUCAAAGUUGUAUAAUGAUGUCAAAUUGCACAAAGAUCUUUUACACUUCGAAACUGCAUACGUCGUAAAGCUGCACCGCUUGGCCAGACUUUCACCAUCUCAAUCUGUUUUUACCUUUACACAUCCAAACUAUUCACCCAAUAGAAGUAAUCAGCGGUACAAGAAGCUUCGAUUCGAGAUGCCCAAUGAUACAGGAUCUACUAUUGUUCAUGGAUUUGCUGGUUAUUUUGAUGCAAUACUUUACAAAGAUGUACAUUUGGGCAUUGAACCAUCGACUGCAACCCCAAAUAUGUUCAGCUGGUUUCCAAUAUUCUUCCCGCUAAGGUCACCCGUAUAUGUGAAAGCGGGAUCUCCCUUGGAAUUUCACAUUUGGCGGUGUUGUGGCAAUACCAAGGUUUGGUACGAAUGGUGUGUGACCUCUCCGACAUCAUCUCCUAUUCACAACUCAAAUGGGCGUUCAUAUUGGGUUGGUUUAUAACCCAAACUGGGGAUAAGAUCUGGAUCCCAUGUUUGUAAAACGUUCCCGAGCAGACUCCAACAAUGUCUUAUAUGUAGCCGUUUUUCGGUAUGGUGAACUUUUUCCAUCUGGGUCCUCAUGUUUUAUAUGUAGUCGUUUUCAGCAUUGCUUGAAUGCCGACUCAGUUUUGCUCGUCAAGAAAUCGAAGAUCACCAUAAGGUAUGGUUUAAUGGAGAAUUUUUGUUAAAUUUAAAACAUGCCAAACUCAUCUUAUGAAGGCGGAGAUGUUAUCGAACUGUGAUCUGUAUUUAUAUCACUUUGUUCAGAGAAAGCCGGACUUAAUAUUUCUCGAGUUUUUAGAGUCAACUCGGUUGUUUUUUGUAUUUUUAGCUCAAAUAUUUUCUAGUGUAGGAACUUUUGUUAUGAAUCAACAAGUUGAUGGGUUCUUACAGUUUUUGAUUUUGAAACUAAAAA